AUGCCUUUUCGUGUGAACUCCACAAACUCUGAAGGCACCGCACCUAAUAUGCCCACCGACCCUCAUAUCGAGUCUGUGUCUUCAGAUCCCGCAAACCCCCGUUUUCGAUGCAAGGCUUGCUUAGGUCGAGGCAUGUCGAAUUACGAGCAUCACAUCAAAACACGCGCGCAUCAAGAAAAAGUUCGGAGAUUCGAGGCACAAUUGGCCGCCGAAGACCAACUGCUCAUUGGUUUAGCAGCGAAUGGCACCGAGCCGACCACAGAGGCCAACGCAAUGAUGGCGUCAGGACCCCUAUUCGAACCGGAUCCGAACCCAUUGGACACUCCCUGCGAUCCACCAUCGCCUAUCAGUUAUGCUCGAUUGCUAGACGCUACCGAGUCUCUUAUCGAUAGUUUGACGAAACUACCGACUGACGCAGAUGAUACCAAUGGUCAUAUUCGCUUCGAUAUGCUACGUCAGGCGCUGGAGACCCUGGACAACCUCGAAGAUGAAGAGAAUGAGGACGAGGAACUCGAGGAUGAGGAAGAGGAAACACGAGACCCAGCUGUUGCCAGAGUCAGAGCGCAAGAGGCCAUGGAUUGGCACCCGUUCAAAAACAAGGAACAUACAAUCGAUCAUGCGGAUCUUAGAUGUCAAGCUCCCAGAAUGGGGUACAUUGCGGGAACUGAAGGAGUAGUCCUUCGGGAACACCUCUAUUUGGAAUCAGUGUCAAGACACUUAUCACAAAUGAGCUGGCGAACCCGUUCGUCAUUCCCCAUAUGGCUUUUGUCCCCGAACUACCUCACGAUGGCAAGGUAA